UCCGCUUAGAUGAGGGCGCUAACCCGUCGGAGUUCGGCCAAUGCUCCGGCAUCCCCAUAGGUUGUGGAAUGAGUCAGUGGAGCUCACUAGUCCACCACAGUACGCACAGUGUGGAAGACGUGUAUAGAGUGUGUAUAUCAAAAUACUCACCAAUCCUCUCUAAAAUUGGCAGAUAAGUAAUAUAUUAGUGAUUUUCGUGUUUUAUAAAACAGGAUAUAUUAAUUGUAUACGCGAAUAAUUUAUUACGAUUACUUUAAUUAUUUUUCUGUAUUAUAUUUAAUAAUUCGUAAUGGUUAAAACGAUAACGUGCUUACCUGAUAAUAUAAUACUGAUCAUUCUAAGCUACAGUGAUCACUCUUGAAGAUAUCAUUAAUUUGAGAUGCGUCUGCAAGAAAUUACAGCAUGCAGCCAAAUGUGACGAUACGUUUCUGGAGAAAAAGUUUCUUCAAAGAUGGCCUUCUGCGAAGAGACUUUAUGAUAAACAACUUAAUGAAAAUAAAUAAAUCCUAGUUGGAAUCUAAGUGAAAGAUAUUGGAUUAUAAAAAUGCUUCAUUAUAUUAGGCAUCUUUCGGUGAAGAAGGAGUACAGUAAAUUUAUAGAAAAAUCUAACAAGAAACAACUUUUAGAACAGAUUGCUACUUUUUUGGCACAAUGGUUACAACCUGAAAAGCAUGUAUCUUACUCAUACAUAAAAGCAUCAUUAGAUAAGAUCGCACGACAAGCAUUGAAAUACCUCGGAGUAAAUUAUCACAAUCAUUCAAUAUUCUUGACAUCCGUCACAACUUUUAUUAAUUGGAGAAACAAUAAUAUCGAGAAUAAUUAUUGGAACCAAGCAGAAGGUACGCAGAUAAUGGAUACACUCCAGAAAUAUAUAAUUGGUAAAUUAAACUUUUGACCAUGCGAUUCGACAGACACAAAUUUGGAAAACAUAUGCAUAGAUAAUGUUUUAGAAAAGAAACGUGGCCACGAAAUAAUUAUAUUCAUAAUAUAUCACAGCGUAGCCAGGAGACUUGGUCUAUAUUGCAAUCUGAUAAAUGUACGAAUGUGCGAGGUCUCUCAUUACUGUUUAUUUUGGAAACCUAACUAUUCCACGAAGAGUUUGGAAAAUGCAAGAUGUUUUAAUAUAAUUUCAGAACAAUUCCCAAAUUGUCUCCUCGAUCAACUGAAGAUACUUGAAACAAUGUAUUUUAAGAGAAAUGUUAAUAUUCCAAUAACAAAACAACCUAACAAAAUUUUAUUUGGAAUAAUGGAACUAUUUGCGUUUUUGACUAAUGUACGUUUCGGGGUUAAUCCGCAUGAACAUGGCAUGCACGUGCUUAGCCUUAAUUUUAAAAGUACAAAGCAGUUAAAUAGACCAGAGGAAAUAAGAUUUGCGGUUGGAAUGAUAGUUACACAUACCAAUAGUGAUCAAUUUACAGAUAGUUGUACCGGCGUGAUAAUCGGAUGGCAUCGAUAUAAAGAUAGACACGUUACAUAUUUGUCCGCAAGCGAUGUAAUAAAUAUGGAUAUAUGUGUAUUGCCGUUGAACCACUGUUGUAAUUGUCAUGCUAUAAAACAAGAAACUAAUUAUUAUAUAAUUCUUACCCAAAAUAAUAAAAUGUGUUGCGUGGAGGAAGAUCAUAUAACUUUAACAACGCCGCAAUGGAUCAAUAAUAGCGAAAUUGGUCGCUAUUUUUCUAAAUUCGAAGGCACGCAUUACGUGGCAAAUAAAAUGCUAAAAAGACUUUAUCCGUAUGAUGCCUUUGUAAUUGCUCGAAAUAUUAGAGAAUUGAUUAGAGAAAGAAAUUUCAAAAAAGAAUAUGUGAAAAUUAGUAGUAUAAAUUAAUAGUUUAAGUAGUCAUAAAUUAAUAAAUCACAUUAUACAAUAUUUAGAAUGUACAAAUGUUU